UCAAUUUUUCGCAAGUUAUGGCUUCUGCAAUGACUCGUACCAAGCUCCUUAAGACACCUCUUGUGUCUUCUUUUCCAUCUUCUUCUCCACUCUCAUACCUCACCAACCAUAGGUCUCAUCAAAUUGACCCAAAGCUCUCAACUUCCCUCUGUUCAAUCUUGAACCACAAAUCCAAUUUCAAUUCCCCUGAUUUUCACAUCCUAAAUCCUUCACUAUCUGCCUUGAAUCCAUUGUAUUCCACUGUUUUUAAGCCUCAAUCAGCAGUACAAGAAAAACCCGUUAAAUCAUCUAUCAAAUCAACCUCUUUUCUCCAAAUUCAAAGCCAAACUCAUUUUCUUGAAAAAAUUGCACAAAACACUAAUCCAUUCAAUUCUUGCUCCAAUUUAAGGUACUUUUCAACUUCUGAUGACGGAAAACAUCGAAACUCAAGUGAGUAUCCUAGACAAAAUCCGGAAUUUAAGCACCAGGAGAUCGAAGGACCGACUGUUGAGCGUGAUCUUUCGCCACUUGCAAAUGAGACCCGUGAGGUGCUCGAGAAAAUGCUCAAGAGAAUGUAUAGUUUGAGCAAGGCAUUUGCUGCGCUUGGUCUUGUUCAGCUUGGUUUGGGAGCUUGGCUUACUUACAUGACUCAGUCCUCGCCCGUUUAUGAGAUCUCUAUACAGAGUUUCUUGGCCUUUGGACUGCCAUUUGCUUUGGCAUUCAUGUUGAGGCUGACGGUGAAGCCCAUGUACUUCUUUAGGAAAAUGGAAGAACAAGGUAGGCAGCAGAUUCUCACACUUACUCUUCAGGUUGCCAAGCAAUUCAACGUAAUGUUUCUACGGUUUCAAGGUGUUUCUUACUCGUGUAUUGUUGUUGCAUUUGUUGGAUUAGUCCUCGUUGUUUUCUCUAAGUUCAGCAGUUAAUUUUUAGCAAGUAAUAAGACAUUUCUAAUGAUGGAAUUUAUUCCUUUAUGUACCUUUUUUCUCUCUAUGGGGUGAUAGUGAAGCUUAAAAUGAAUCUCUAUGGUUUUAAAUAUGUUGUAAUCUUGGUAGAUUGAGAAGUUUUUCGUGGCUAAUGGAUGAUCAUAAUGAAUGUGAAAAGUUGCAUACUUGUUAAGGUAUUCACUGGGAAAAAGAAAGCUUUGUGUUCUUCA